AGUACUGUUUGAAACUCGAAUAAAAGCCAAAGAGUACGACACUCCAAUCUAUUAUAAAACAGCGUAGGUGUUGAAAACAACUGCAACUAAACGUUAUUUUACGUUUUCUGACUGAUAUGAAUAAUAUUUUUCAGGUGAAAUUCAUACUUCGCCUCCUCAAAGGGCGAUUGGAAUGCGACACACACAAGGAGCGUCUGUUGUUCAAAUACAUGUGCUAUGAACUCGAGCGUUUGCACAACGGUGAAGAUGUAACCUUCCAUGACGUCAUCAAUAUGCUAUCAUACCGCACGGUAGACAUUCGCAAGUCACUGCAGAUGGAGGAGCUGCUGGCGCGCGAGGAGUUCGAGUUCCUCAUUGAGGAGGAGGUGGCCAAACAGACUAUUCGCACUUGGCUCGAAGGGUGUCUUAAAAAGAUGCGCGCUGCUGCUAAUAAUAAACAACAAACAAGCCUCCUUACCAGUUUGAGGAAAACAAAUGAACAAGCUGAAGAAAAACUUGACGCUGAAACGCAGCCACCUUUGGGCAACAUAUGGCGCGGAGAAAUAACAGAGUCUGCAUCACAACCUACAAUGUCCAAUAUUACUGCAUCGGUUGAGGUUCCAGCAAAGAGAUCAUCUACCAAAAGUCAGUUCAAAAGACCUGGCUUGGCAUCUGUUACUACACCACGUCCCGAAAGUCCGGUCAAAAAAUAUUUGCAACCAACACUUAGUGACCCUCAUCCAGCGUUGAACAAAAAAACAACACCUGUAACAAAAACCAACAAUCGUAUGCACAACAGCGAGAAACCAGUAGUACACGACCAGCCGGCGUUGCACGACGUGCAUUCGUGGUGGGAUGGGCAACUGGCGCGACAGAUCGUCGUCGACUGUGACUAGCAAGUACAGCAUAUGCCCCGUGGCAGCGGAUCAACUGCGCUAUAUGGGCGUUACCUUUACGACUGAUUUACCUUGAUCUUAUAUACUAAAUUCACCACUGAAUUGGCAAUUAAUGGCAAAUUUCCAUUACUUUCUAAAUCCCAUUCUUGAUCAAUCAAUUGUCUCAAGGUACCUAGAACACAUCGGCGGCAAAACUAUUAACGUCUUGUAUCUGUUCUUUCCUCUCUUUUAGUUUAUUUUUUCUUUUGUCUCGCUUCACAUUUAUGUGACUUACUCCUAAAUGUGACACUAACAAUUGUGACAAAGUAGCGAUAGGUCAGUAGACUUAUAUAAUUACGUUAUCAGUAAGAAAUUUACAGGUUAAAUAUGUAUUUUAUUGAAUUUGUUUUUACUACCAAGAUAUUAAUAAUUAUAUUUUUUGUGAAAUACUCCACUAUGGUCUGUCUUUUUGACGACGGAGUAAAAUGACAUUUGCAGGGUUGUCAGUGUACAUGUAUUGUUCUCGACAGAUUAAUCGAUAGAUUGUGAAAGAAAACGAAAAACGACUGAAAUGUGAAUGUUAUGACGUUCUAAUUAUUACUAAUUGCGUUAUUGCCUUUAUUCUUAUUUUGAUGGUUGACCUAUCGG